AUGGAGGAAGAGCUCAAGUGCCCGCUCUGUCGUAAGGUGUAUACGAAACCAGUAUUGUUCCCCUGUUACCACUCCUUCUGUAUGGCAUGCGCUGUCGGGAUCCAGCAACCAGCCCAGCAGCUGAUCCCCCAAACGACGGGAACGGACGAGGGGACACAGGUGAUAAACGAAACGGUGGACUUUCCGGAGAUAGACAAACUGAGUAUUGUGUCCGAAACUGACAGCGGGGUCGUGUGUAAUAGUCGACCGUCGAGUUACGUCAGCACACCGAGUAUAUCCAACAUCUUCACCCAGUCUUUACAGACGUGUACCUUCGGAAUUAAGUGUCCCAUUUGUCACAAGUCCGUGUUUUUGGAUGACACCGGGGCACAAUCCCUACCCCCGAAUAAAGUUCUUGAGGCCAUAGUGGAUAAGUACUAUAACCAACACAAGCAUGACGAAGUCAAGUGUGAAAUGUGCGAGGACGGAUCUACCGAUGCUACGACGAUGUGCAAGCAGUGUGAGGUGUUUUACUGUGAUAAGUGCCGGGACAGUUGUCACCCGCCCCGGGGACCCCUUGCCAAGCACAACCUUGUGGACCCCACCCAGGGGAAAAAUAUCCUCAGGACGAAAAAUAAAAACAAGGAAGUUAAGUGUGCGGAACACGGGGACGAACAGCUCAGCAUGUACUGUGUUGUGUGCAAAAUACCUGUGUGUUUUACCUGCGCACAGGACGGGCGACACCUCAGCCACGACGUCCAGGCACUGGGCGCACUCUGUAAGAGUCAGAAGAAUGAACUGUCUCAGAAUCUACAGACAUUAUCAGAAAAAGCCAAGUCUGGAACUGAGUUUAUACAAAGGUUGAAAUCUAUGACAGAAAGUGUAAAUGGCAACUGUGUGGAGUUUGAGACGACGGUGGCAGCCCAGUGUGAUGCCCUCAUUGAGACGAUCAAGCAGCGCAAGCAGGAGCUUCUCGAGAGUGUCAAGACCGAGAAGGAGAACAAGAUCUGUGUCCUGAAGGAGCAAGUGUCCGACUGCACCAGUCUCCUACAGCGAACCACAGGUCUCCUACAGUUCUGUAUAGAAGUCUUGAAGGAGAGCAACCCCACAUCAUAUCUACAGGUGUCAAGUGGGUUGAUAGAACGAGUGUCACAUGCCCAGGCCAACUUCUACAAGGAAAUGGAGCUGGCACCACGUGUAUCCCCCGAGUUUGAGCUGACACUUGACAAUUCACCCGUUAUUCAAGCUAUACAAACCAUGAAUUUCUUUCAAAUGAAAGAUGGCAUUAUUGCUCCCGGCCAGCCAUUCAUCAUACCCGAGGAAUGCAGUGCAGAAAACAACAGCAUCACCAUUGCGUGGCAGAACUACCUGGGCAGCAUCGUCGAGGCCUACACUCUGGAGCUGGAUGAUGGCAAUGAGGGCGACUUCAGGGUUGUGUAUGUGGGAAGGGAGACGAUCUGCACUGUGGAUGGCCUGCACUUCAACAGCAUCUACAACGCCCGCGUCAAGGCACAUAACCACGCUGGUGAGAGUCAGUACAGUGACCUCGUGUCUCUACAAACAGCUGAAGUUGCUUGGUUCACCUUUGACCCAGUGACAACUCAUCCCGACAUUCUCUUCUCCAAUGACAACCUGAGUAUUCUCUGCAACAGCUUUGACCACCGCGUGGCUCUCGGCACCGUCGGCUUCUCCAAGGGCAUCCACUACUGGGAGGUGGUCAUCGACCGCUACGACAGCCACACAGACCCAUCUAUUGGCAUCGCGAGAUUCGAUGUCGACAAAAAUCUCAUGUUAGGUAAAGACGAUAAAGCGUGGAGCAUGUACAUCGACUAUCAGCGCAGUUGGUUCAUUCACAUGGAUGAACACACCAAUCGUACGGAUGGGGGAAUCAAACGAAGCACCGUGAUUGGCUGUCUACUUGAUCUAGGUCACCACACACUUAGCUACUACAUCGAUGAUGAACCUCAUGGACCAAUCGCUUUCACAGACCUUCACGGUGUGUUCUUCCCCGCCGUCAGCAUCAACCGCAAUGUUCAGGUUUCUCUACGCACCGGUCUGGAACCCCCAGUUGACAGCGGCAGUGAGGAGGAAUAGACACAUGUGACAAUAUCAAAACGGUGUGCAGAAAAUAAACACUGCACAAGUUCACUCAGUUUACUCUGUCUAAAGAUAGCAUCAACAAAUUUCUAACUGUUACACUGAUGACCACGUGCAGAUUGUUCAUUAUCAGAGCUUACUUACUCUGUCUAAAGAUAGCAUCAACAAGUUUCUAACUGUUACACUGAUGACCACGUGCAGAUUGUUCAUUAUCAGAGCUUACUUACUCUGUCCAUUGCAAAAGUAAAUGAUUGCUAAUUUUUAUACAAAGUGGCUACAAUUUUGUUUGUUUUGUUUAAUGACACCACUAGAGCACAUUGAUUUAUUAAUCAUCCGCUAUUGGAUGUCAAACAUUUGAUAAUUUUGACAAAUACAAAUAUGGUCAUAGAGAGGAACCUACUACAGGUUUUCAUUAGUAGCAAGGGAUCUUUUAUAUGCACCAUCCCAUACACAGGAUAGCACAUACCAUGGCCUUUGAUGUACUAGUCAUGGUGCACUGGCUGGAGCAAAAGUGGCUACAAAUUUUAGUCUUUGGCUAAUAAAAUGUUCUUUAAAUUAGCCACUUUUGAAUAACUUUCAAGGAAAUAUGCUACAUAUGUGAAAAUUGGCUAAAAGACCAUUUGUUCCAGUUUGAGGCCUGCAUUAGUAGGUGACAGCUGGUAAUCUGCCAUGGCUGUUGCUACCCACACCUCCAACUAAUUGUCUUACGUACAUACAAGUAUUCACUUCACUGUGCUCAGUAGAUGCAGAGUGUUCUACUUUUCCUCACCAACCUAUUUUGAGUGAUAACGAACACACUGCAUGUGGUAUUUGGCUAACAGAAAUUUGUUAAAGUGACUAUUUUACAAUUGGAAGUAAAAAUGUUAAUGCCUACUAGUGUGCAUGUACACAUGCACAUUUAAACUUUUUGUUUUAUAAGCCAAAAUCAACAAUUGUGCUAAUUAGCAUGCAGGUUAAUCACAUUGUGUGUUUGACUAAUAAUACUAUAGGCUAUUGAAAUCAGUGAUUUGUUGAUUAUCAAAAGCAUAAAUUCAUCACAUUGAUUUUAUAUACUCUGAUGACUUAACAUGUUUCAGAAUACACUAGCUUAUUUAAUUUACAGUCUUUGAUGUCAAAUUCAACUACUAUACUAAGUUAUAAUUCUUAAGUAGUUUAACUGCAUGUAUUUGGCUAGCAGUAUUUUGAUAAUAACAAUCACUGGUUGACUAUAUAAAACACCAAAAGACCAAAACCCAAAAUAAUGACAAUCAAGGUUUUAUUCCUAUUUUAUAUUUAGCAGCAUGACAUCUAUUUACAUUGCACUUUGGUAUUUCUUUACUUGACAUACUUUUACAAACUGUUUAGAAUGAUUUUGCCCAUUGUAUGAGGAGAUGAGGGACUAAACCACCACGUGGUAAUACCACAGUCUACCUCAGCUAGUGUUUCUCAAAUCCAGGACAUACAUCACAUAUAUCACAUGUACUCAGUCCUGCUUCACACUAAACACUAACCAUGUUGCUAUAUCAUCAACAUUAUCGUUUUUAGGUUUUUAAAAUAUAUUACCAUGUCAUUUCUUAAAUCAGUUUUUAGCAUUUUGUAAUUUAUUAUUACAAAGUUUACUUCACUCUGUGACACCACUGGAGUGUCAAGACAUUUUAAGCAAGGAAAUCUGUUGUUUUUUAAUUUGUAUCAAAUCAUCUGGUCCCACAGUAUUUAUGAAACUACUAAUUGGCAAAUGUUUUCAUUGUCAAAGUUGUCCCACCAGUAUCUUUGAUACUCUGUUCAAAUGAGAGAAAUCCUGAACAUAAAUAAGUGUUAGUGAUAAAAUAGAAAAUAAAUUGUUUUGUGUCUACUUAUAUCUGCAUACAAGUAAAAUAUAGUCCAGGUGAGUUUUUAUAUCCAAGAAGCUUGCCAUGUGGCAGCUUACACUGUAGAAAUGGCAUUUCUGAUGUAAUCCAGAUCCGAUGUCUGGGUGACUAGCAUUCACAAGUUGUACAUGAAUAACACAAAAUAAUUUAGAGAUUUCUAAGUCAUUAUCAGUGAGGAAUAACUGAUUGUGCUGAUAUGGUUUGAAAAGUGUUAGUUUAAUUUUACUUCCACUGAAAAUGAUAUUUUAUUUAACAUACUAGUGCAAUUGUGAAACAGUAGAAUCAAAAGUACAAAAAAGCAUCUUUUUCUUUCAUCCAAAAUCAUGUUUCUUUUGAAAUAGAAUGAAAGGGUCACAUGACUGAAAUAAGUACAAUUGUUAAAUCAGUGCAUACAAAGUUAUAAAGAUGAAUGUGAUUAAACUGCAUUGCAGUUGAUUAUUUUUUAAUAUAUUUGUUAUAUUAGUUGACACAGUUAGGUUAUCAUAUCAUGAUACAUCUAGAUAACUCCCUUUUAUUCUUUAUUUAUUGUACAGUGUUGCAACAUGACCAAUAUGGUGCUAGUUUUAGGUGCACUGACAUAGUGUUAUCAUUUACCAUGCAUGAUGUGUAUUUCUCAGUGUUCUAGGACCAUUUGUACCAUUCUGUCUGGUACCAUGACCAAUAUUUAGACGUUUGUAAAAAGACAUUGAACACUUUUGUUCACCAAUAAUUGUUCUGUACAGUUGAGUGUGUGAAAUGUAUGUAAAAUAACCUUGUUUAUAUAUUUGUAUAUUUAUUGCCCUUGUGUACAGUCUGUUGUGUUUAUGGUUUGUUUGUAUUUUUUCUCAAUAGUGAACAUAUGGUGCAUAUGAAUUCUUGUUGCUUUGCAAACACAAAUAUUUGUAGAUUUUGUACUAAAUUAACCCUGAAGAUGUAAUGGAUAUUUAAAUCUAUACUUUCAAAAGCAAAGUUAGAGUCAUUUUUAUUUCAACUUAUUUUCAUGCUUAUAUCCAAAUAAGGUUAAUGUACGCUGUCCUGGGCACACACCUCAGCUAUCUGGGCUGUCUGUCCAGGACAGUGGGUUAGUGAGAGAGAAGAGGGUGUAGUGGCCUUGCAUCUACCAACUGAACUGGCUCUGGGUAGGAACCUUGUACCUACCAGCCUGCAGUCGAUGGCUUAACCACGACAUCACCGAGGCCGGUCAUUUAGAGUCAAAUGCUAAGACUUCCUAAGUUAGCAGUUAUUUCCCAUGUUGAGUUCUCCAAUAAAACACAAAUAAUAUGUACCGGUAUUACAAAUCGAUUGAAGUAAAUAAAUAUGAAUAACAAAUCAUA